GUUUUUUUCAGAUCCUCCAGAUCAUCGUUUAAUCAGUUAAGACAUGGAUAAUUCAGGCUUUAGUUCUGAAGAUAGCUUUGAACCUGAAGUUGCGGGAGCUUCUUCCAGUACUCCUGAGGAUAAACUUGAGAAUGGUGAGAAUGGUUCUGGGGUAAAGUAUUUCUACAAGAUACUGAAUGAGAACAGUGAGACCAUGAAUAAUGAUGUUCCCAGAUCCCUGGGAGAAAACCAGUUCGAUGCAAACAAAAGGGCAGAGGGUGGAAAUGAGGUAAAGGAGGGGGUGACUGUGUGCUGGAAAAAUGUAUCGGUUAUCGCGAAGGGAAAGAAGAAUGGAGUCCAUGAUGUUAAACUACUAGACAAUGUUUCUGGGUUUGCCCUUCCUGGUGAGUUCCUGGCUAUUAUGGGAUCAAGUGGAGCUGGUAAAACAACACUUCUUAACACCCUGACACACAGGAACCAACAAGAUGUACAGAUUGAGGGAUCUUGGACAGCUAAUGGGCACCAUGUAACCCCUCAGAUGAUGACAGGAAUCUCUGGAUAUGUUCAUCAAGAUGAACUCUUCAUUGGUUCACUUACUAUCAGAGAACAUCUUAUGUUCCAGGCAAUGGUUGGAAUGGAUGGAAAUAUAUCAUUAGCUGAAAAAAUGAAAAGAGUGGAUCAAGUUCUACAAGAGCUUGGUCUAAAAAAAUCUGAAAACACUGUUAUUGGGAUACCUGGCAGAAUUAAGGGAAUUUCUGGAGGAGAGAAAAGAAGAUUAGCUGUUGCAUGUGAGGUGUUGUCUAAUCCUCCAAUCCUAUUCUGUGACGAGCCAACCAGUGGCCUUGACUCUUUUAUGGCCAAUAGUGUGAUAGAAUCUCUUGUAAACCUGGCAAGACAAGGGCGUACAGUGGUCUGCACAAUUCAUCAGCCCUCUUCUCAGAUCUACACAAAGUUUGAUCGUCUUCUACUCAUGGCCAAGGGUAAAACUGCUUUCCAUGGUAACCCAGCUUCUGCAGUCGAAUUCUUUACCAGGUGCGGAUUUCCAUGUCCAUGGAACUAUAAUCCUGCAGACCAUUUCCUGGAUGUUCUCGCUGUUCAUCAUAAAAGAGAAUUGCUAGCGGAAAAGGAUAUAAACAAAAUCUGCUCAGCAUUUGAGGAGUGUACUGAAUAUCUCAACUCCUUGAAUAUUAUGAUUGCUAUGGAACCAUCGGAGUUCCAAGAGGAGCAGAGUGUUUACCAAGAGCCUAAUCUCUACCAAGCAACUUGGUUCAUGCAGCUUAUUGCCUUGCUCUGGAGAAAUACGCUAAUAUUCAAGAGAGAUCCUAAACUGUUCACAGCCAAGAUUUUGCAGACACUGCUGGUUGCCCUGAUGUUCGGAGCUAUCUACUACGAUCAGAAGCUGGAUAAGUUUGGUAUAAUGAAUAUUAACGGAGCACUGUUUGUGUCUGUAAUAAACCUCUCCUUCAUGAACCUGUAUCCUAUCAUGACAAUAUUUUCUACAGAAAUACCUGUUUUUCUGCGUGAACACCAUAAUGGAUUGUAUAGAGUAGACACUUACUUCAUAGCUAAACAGGUUGUUAUGUUUCCAUUGUUUGUUAUUCAGCCAGUCUUAUUCAUGUCUAUUCUUUACUGGCUGGCCGGCCUUCAUCCAGAUCUGAACAGAUUCUUUUCAUCCAUAUAUAUCACUAUACUCCUCACCCAGGAUGUUGUGGGGGUUGGUUACUUGAUGUCCUGUGCUUUCCGACUUGAUAUUGCUUUAUCUCUUACCUCCUUGUUCACCACCCCUCUUAUGCUAGUUGGGGGCUUCUACCUUAAUACGGGGAGUAUCCCAAUAUACCUGCGAUGGUUGAAAUAUCUGUCCUGGUACUACUACGCCUUUGAGGCAUUGAUGAUCAACCAAUGGCAAGGGGUUGAAAACAUUAGCUGCAAUGGAACAGAUUUGACGUGGCUUUCUGCAGAGCCGAUGUCUUAUUUGCUCAACUUGAAUAAAACCAAAGCCAUGGAUCCACAUAAUUGUAUGGAUACAGGAGAGAAGGUGUUAGAAUUCUUUUCAUUUCCAGAGGAAAAUUUCCGAUUUGAUAUCAUCUACAUGACUCUGCUUAUGGUUUUUAUAAGAGGUUUGGCUUUUGUUGCGCUGUGGUCGAAUACAUACAGAAGAAAACAGAAGAAAUAAGAAGAAAUACACCAAGAACAUUUAAAGAUCAUUUUUUGCUUUGUUGUAAAUUUCUUUCUAAAAACUGUUUUAAAGAAAUUCAAAUUCUAAUUUAGGUUUAUCAAAGAUUGUGCAAAAUUUAUCAGGGCUUGAUUUAUUUGUUUGGCUGGACAGCAGUAGGGUUUCCGGUAAAAAGAAAAAAUUGUUUCGCGAAAAUUUCGCAUUUUUCGCGACCAUUUCGCUUCAUUUUCGCAUUUUGUUCGCUCGCGAAAAUUUCACAAUAAAAAUAAAGCGAAAAUUUCGCGAAUAAAUAAUGCGAAAAUUUCGCGAGUAAAUAACGCAAAAAUUGAACGUAUGUAUUUUGGACGGACAGACAGAAGCUUAAAAAGAUAGCUAAUUAAACCAAAUUCUCAUCAAACAUUUUUUUGAAGUAAAGGAAUAGAAAUUAUUUAUAUGACAUAAUGAAACUUCAAAUAUUGAGCUAUCACAGCAGAGAAUUCCACAAGUUCUUCUGAGCAAUUAAGUGUUGCAACUACGAAACUCAUGGUUUUCACUAAAUUUUUUAUCGCAAAAUUUCGCGAAAUUUCGCUUCAUCAAUUUUCGCGAACAAGUUUGCCAAAUGUGACCGAAAAUUUUCGCAUUUUUUCGUGAAACGUUUUGUUCGCUGGAAAUCCUAGACAGCAGUAUAGGAUGCUAAUGAAAAGUCGCGUCCUCAUAAUCAACCCCAAAUAUCUUUCAAAGAAAUAAUAAAUAAAUUUGUAAAUUUCGUUUUUUUACCCUACUGUUAAUAAUGCUGCAGAUAUUUAGGGUUUUAUUUGGAUAUUUAUAUUGAGCUCUUUAAAACUGUUCUUGCAUAUUUCACGGCUUUUCUUGUAUUUUGAAUCACAAGAAUGAAACUUAUUGAACAAUUGUUAAGACGAUAUUUUAUAAACUUUUUCGAUGUCUCCGAAGGGAGUAACCAGCAAUGUAGGGUAGUUAAACUGAGAAUGUAGUU